AUGCCACCUAAACCAAAUCCAGCUCAGUAAUAAUAAUAGCCACCUUAGACUACUUAAUCCUAAGUAUCCUAAAAAGUUAAUAAUCCUUAGACUGGUGCAAAGCCUCAAGCUUAGGCUUAACCUAAUCAACCAGGAUAAAAGGGAGGAGCUGUGUAGCAAUAAGAGCAUUCUUAAAACAAUAUGCAACUGCUUACUUUUGAUAAUACAAUAAUGAUUUAAAAGUUGCAACAUAUGUUCUAAUUUUCCUCUCAUUUAGAAGAGGUGAAAAACUCUGCAAAGUAAAUGAUAGAAAAAAGAAAUGAAACCUAAGUUAAAACAAUUGUUGAUAAAGAUGACGCUAUGUCAGAAAAUUAUGAGAGAGAUGUAGAGGAUAAACUUAGAAAAUGGAGAUUUAAAGAAAGAAAAAGAGAAUUUGUGGAAAGAAUCAACCAGCUUAACAUCAAAGAAAUGGUUCCGAAAUAGCAUAUUCAAAAUAAACUUAAGCAACUAUAAGAGAUUGAAAGCUUUCUCGGAAACAAGGAGGGUGAUAGAGAAGUUGAAGAAAAAUUAGGGCUAAAGUUAGCAAACAGAUAUCAUACUAUCUAACAUUAUGAUGAUCCCCUUCCGGGAGAAGAGCCGAUCAAAGAAAAAUCUUAUUUUGAAAAAAAGAAAGAGAGACUGGAGCAAGAAGGUAAAACUCAGCAUGAAAUUGAAGAACUAAUGGCAAAGCUGCAUGAAGAGAAAAAAGCAAGAAAAGAAAAAAAGAGAAAGGAAAGAAUUGAAAAAUAAGCUGAGCAGAAAAGACUUGAAGAGGUUAAAACAAAGAAGAAAUCAGAUAAAGAUUAAAAAGAAAUAGAAGAAAAAAGGAAAAAAAUUUAAGAAACAAUUAGUAAAAUAAAGGAAGACCGUUAAUCAUCAAUCUCUCAAAUGCUUGAGGAAACAAGGAAAAUUGUAAAGAAUCCUUUGUAUAGAUAAAUUGAAGACAAGUACAAGGAAGAUGAGGAGUCAGAAAUUGAAAAGCGUAAAAAGCAUCUUCAAUCUCUAAGAGAUUUAAGAUAGCCUCUUAAUAGAGAUGAAAUCCUAGAGCACUCAAAGAAAAUGGAAGAAUUAGUAAAGGAAAAGAAUGAAGAGAGAAGGAACAAAAGAAUGGCUUAGUUCACAAGCUCAUAUGAUUACAGCAAAUAUCACACUAAAUUCCUUGAUAGUAUUCUAGAGCAUGAAGCAGCUUAGGUCGAAGAAAAAGAAAGAAAGGACGAAGAGAGAUUAAGAGUUUAAGAACAGAGAGAUAUUUAUGACAAGUAUGUGAAAGAGAUGCAUUGGCCUAAAAUAUCUGAAAAGAAAAAGUAGGAACUAGAAGCACUUAAAAUGUCAAUGAAGACCUCCCCUAAACAUGGUAAAAAAUCACCUAGAAGUACUUUGGGCUAAAGUACAAAGGAUGGAAUGACCGCUAAUGGCCGUUACAGAGCAACUUCUGAACAUGGCGAGGACUCCACAAUGAAAAGCAAGAUUAUUGUUUGGCCAGAAAACACCAUGAAACCAAAACCAAAGGAAAAGAAAGAGGGAAAAAUAAUUGAUUGGCUUAGGGAGCAAAGAAAUAAGCAUGAUUAAGAUGUUUAAAACGGAGGUACACCUGUCCAAAAGAAUAAUGAUUGGAAGAAAGACCUUGACAAAAUGUAACUCCAUGGCAAGGAGAAAUAUGAUAUGUUUCUUGGCAAAGCCAAAGAUUUCGAAGAGAAGGCUAAAAGAAAGCAGUAGAUAAUUGGAACUACAAAAGGAGCUACUAUCGAAGAUAUUAUAGAACUAAAUGACAUGUACGUUGAAAGUAUAAAAGCCAAGUUAGAGCUACUUCACGACCUUGGCGAUAAAUAAUGA